CAGGGUCUCAGUCUUGCGAGACAGGCACGCUACCACUUGAGCCACUCCAUCAGCCCCGUAAUUUUACUUUGGUAUUUUUACAUCUGAACAUGUCUUACUAACGCCAGCAUUAAUUCCUGUUCUUAUAAAUAGCUCCGCUGUAUUGCCUGUGUCAUGCUCGUCUGUUUAAUGGAUUUCAUUUUUAUGCUUCUAAAGAAAUACCAUGUAGAAGCUAGUAGCCAUUUGACAUUUUUAAGGUCAUUUUUUUGUGUGUUUGCUAUCUUGGCUCUCAUUUUCUUUCUAAUCUGUUGCAAGCACCCCCAUUUCAUUUUAUUUCAUGAUCCUGGUGUCUAAACCAGAUGACUUUACAGUGACAGCGGGGUGUGGGGACUUAUAACUUUCUUUCUCUUAAGGCGUCUUCGGUAAUGGGAAAACUUCAUAGCUACUAUUUAUAGUAUAUAUUUUAAAUUUAAGUUGAUGCUUUAGUAAAUGCUAAGAUUAUAAUGUGAAAAAUUACCAAAAAUAAGUUCUUAAUAUCACUUAUGAGAUUUUUUAUGAUUAAUUAGCAUUCAGUAGGGCCUCAGAAUUAAAAAAUUUUUUUGAGGUACUCACAUAAUGAGCACUGUGCUAUUGCAGUGAUCCUGAUUUAGUUCUGGGUGUAAAGCUUUGAUGUAGAGAAAGAAAAGUCUUUAGAGAAAGUUUACCAAAGUUUGUAUACCAGAGGUACAAAGCUCAGUGAUUAUGGUAAACUAGAAAGUAAGAAAUGCUUGUCAUUUAGGAUUGAACAGGUGCACAGAAACUACAACUUUAGUAUGCAGAAGGGAAGAGGGAGAACCAGCAGAAUCAGAAGGCGAAAACUCUUGAGAACUUCUGCAUCAGGAGGAGUGAAUGAGAGCCACAGGUCUGAAUUUAUAGAACUAAAGAAGUGGCUGAAAGAGAGGAAGUUUGAGGAUAGAAACUUAACCCCUGCAUAUUUUCCAGGAACAGGAAGAGGGCUGAUGAGCAAAACAUCCCUGCGGGAGGGACAGAUGAUUAUUUCGUUGCCUGAGAGUUGCCUGCUUACCACGGACACAGUGAUUCAAAGCUACUUAGGGCCGUACAUUACAAAGUGGAUGCCUCCUCCGUCUCCUCUGCUGGCUCUGUGUACCUUUUUGGUUUCAGAAAAGCAUGCUGGGGACCAGUCUCUUUGGAAGCCUUACCUGGACAUUUUACCCAAGUCAUACACCUGCCCUGUCUGUUUGGAGCCAGAAGUGGUGGAUGUUCUUCCCCAACCUUUAAAAGCAAAGGCCAAAGAGCAGAGAGCGCAUGUGCAGGAGUUCUUUGCUUCCUCCAGAGACUUUUUCUCUUUCCUGCAGCCUCUGUUUGUGGAGGCCAUUGACAGCAUCUUCAGCUACAGUGCCUUCCUGUGGGCCUGGUGCACUGUCAACACCAGAGCUGUGUACCUGAGGCCCAGGUGGAGGGAAUGCCUUUCAGCAGAGCCAGACACCUGUGCACUUGCUCCAUACUUAGAUCUGCUGAAUCACAGCCCUCACAUCCAGGUAAAAGCAGCAUUUAAUAAGGAAACUGGCUGUUAUGAAAUCAGAGCAGCUUCACGUUGUAGAAAACAUGAGCAGGUGUUCAUCUGCUAUGGCCCCCAUGAUAACCAGCGGUUGCUUCUGGAGUAUGGCUUUGUUUCCCUCCAUAAUCCUCAUGCCUGUGUGUAUGUCUCAACAGAAAUGCUUGUUAAAUAUCUUCCACAAACAGAUAAACAGAUGAACAAAAAGAUUUCCAUUUUAAAGGAUCAUGGUUUUAUAGAAAAUUUGACAUUUGGAUGGGAUGGACCAUCUUGGAGGCUACUCACAGCUCUUAAGUUGUUAUGUCUGGAAACUGAAAAAUUUAUGUGCUGGAAGAGAGUACUUCUUGGAGAAGUAAUUUCAGAUACAAAUGAGAAGACAAGUUUGGACCUAGCCCAGAAAAUAUGCAAUUAUUUCAUAGAGGAGACUUCUGCUGUGCUUCAAAAGGUUUCUGAUAUGAAGAAAGAAAAAGUCUCUUUGAUAAAUCAACUCAUUUUGGUGGAGACAUUGUGGAUGGAAGAGCUGAAAAUUCUCCAGACCUCUGCUGAGAUCCUAAACAGUUUGCAAACCCCUUUUCCCUGACUUCACUGGGAUGCAUUUGACCACCUCCUAUGUGUAACAAGCAACUUUACUGACCUGUCUGUGAACGCCAGUGUGAAGGGAUUGAGCUCAGAGAGCUGGGCUGUAGGGAAAAGAAAGGCCAGCUCCAAAGUCUGUGUGGGCUAAGCUCUGUCCUUGCAGCCCCACUUGAAUGGCACCAUGUCACUUUUACAGCCCCAUCCUCAUCCGAGACUAGCCACAUCUCAUAAAUCAGGGAACCGAGAAGGGGUAAGUGACCCUGAAAGGCACUUGUUCUGGGGAGGGGAUAUCCUGUUCACUUAGAUGUCCCUUCCUAUUUAGGCCCAUAUGGCAAUUAGCAUUUGAGAGCUUUCUCCUGGUGCCAGGGAAACUGUUCAGAGCUUGAAUAUUCUCUCCAAUUUAGACUCAGAAGAUAAGUUAAAGGCCAGGACUGCCUGGAGCCUACUCAGCAAUUUUUGGGACAGUAAAUUCCACUUCAACCUUGUCCCUGUAAAAAAGGGAGAAUUUAAGCUGCUUUACAAUAAAAUGGAAUUCAC